CUCCACAACUCCCCUUCUCCUUCACGACGGGGGUUAGAACUCAAAAUUAAAAAAAAAACAAAAACCAAUUCCUUUCUUUACUCUGGGAUUUCAUCUCCACCUUCCAAUCUUCGAUGUGCAUCCAUCCCAUCCAUCUAUCCAUCAUCAACUCUCCAAAACUAUUCUGCUGAAGUAGAAGAAGAGAAGCUUCUGCGAAAUGUCAGCCCUAAGAUCCGACCUGCCGCUGCGUCUCCGGCAGCUCUUAUCCGGCGAUGGCGCCGCAGGCUCCUCUCUUAAGCUGGAGCCGAACCCGCAACCAAAAAUUAAAGCAUUCAUUGAUAGAGUGGUAUCAAGCCCACUCCCUGAUAUAGCAAUACCUCUUUCGGGUUUCCGUUGGGAGUACAAUAAGGGAAAUUUCCAUGACUGGAGACUACUGUUUCUACAUUUUGAUACUUACUUCAAGGCAUAUAUUUCUUCUAGGAAAGAUCUUCUCUUAUCUGACAAUAUUUCAGAUGAUGAUGGUCCGUUUCCAAAGCAUGCGGUCCUGCAAAUUUUAAGAGUCAUGCAAAUAAUUUUGGAGAAUUGCCACAACAGGAGUACAUUUAGUGGCCUUGAGCAUUUCAAGCUAUUGCUGGCAUCGGCAGAUCCAGAGAUUCUGACAGCUACGUUAGAGACUCUGUCUGCCGCAGUGAAAAUAAACCCCUCCAAGCUGCAUGUGAGUGGCAAAUUGAUUGAGUGCGGCAUAAUGAACAGUUGUCUCCUGUCCCUAGCCCAGGGAUGGGGAAGCAAAGAAGAAGGCUUGGGCUUGUUUUCUUGCGUUGUGGCUAACGAGAGAAGCCAAGAAGAAGGCUUGUCGUUGUUCCCGUCUGAUGAACAAAAAGAAUCGGAUAGAUCACAACAUCGAUUGGGUUCAACCCUUCAUUUCGAAUUCCACACGGUCACGCCGAAAGGCAUGGAGCAAAGCAACCUGCGGCAGUCUUCCAACCUGCACGUCAUACACAUCCCGGAUUUGCACUUGAGGAAGGAAGAUGAUUUGCUUCUUCUAAAACAAUGUGUCGACCAAUACGACGUACCUCCAGAGCACAGAUUCUCGUUGCUGACCCGGAUAAGAUUCGCCCUCGCUUUUCGUUCUCCCCGGACCUGCAGACUAUACAGCCGGAUUUGCCUUCUGGCAUUCAUUGUGUUGGUUCAAUGUAGCGAUGCCCACGAUGAGCUUGUCUCUUUCUUUGCAAAUGAGCCGGAGUAUACUAACGAAUUGAUCAGGCUUGUUAGGUCCGAACAAGCUGUUCCUGGAACGAUCAGAACCCUUGCAAUGCUUGCUGUGGGAGCACAGCUAGCUGCAUAUUCAUCAUCACAUGAUCGGGCCCGGAUAUUGAGUGGGUCAAGCUUUAUUUCUGCUGGCGGGAAUCGUAUGGUUCUCCUCAGUGUGCUUCAGAAAGCAAUCCUAUCUCUACAUAAUACCAGUGACCCAUCAUCUCUUUCAUUUGUCGAUGCACUUCUACAGUUCUACCUUCUCCAUGUUAUAUCAUCUUCAAGUUCCGGUAGUGCUAUAAGAGUGUCGGGAAUGGUCCCCACCCUGUUACCUCUUCUUCGGGACUCUGAUUCCACCCAUAUGGGUCUUGUCUCUUCUGCUGUGAAAACCCUUCAGAAGCUCAUGGACUACAGUAACGCAGCUGUGUCCUUGUUCAAAGAUCUCGGGGGCAUAGACCUUUUGGCUCAUAGGUUACAGAUUGAAGUUUAUAGAGUUAUUGGCGGGGAUGGUGAAAAUAGCAAUUCGAUGACUGUAGGUGAUUCGUCAAGAUCUGACAAUGAUAUUUUGUACUCCCAGAAGCGGCUUAUCAAGGUUCUGUUGAAGGCACUCGGGUCCGCUACUUAUGCUCCCACAAACCCUACAAGGUCCCAAAACUCCCAGGAUACUUCCAUACCGGCUUCCUUGUCACUGAUAUUUCGCAACGCGAAGAGAUUUGGAGGCGACAUCUAUUUUUCUGCAGUGACUGUUAUGAGCGAAAUUAUUCACAGGGACCCGACAUGCUUCUCUGCUUUGGAUGAGUUGGGUCUUCCAGAUUCCUUUCUUUCUUCAGUGGUAGCUGGGGUUCUCCCUUCUUCAAAAGCACUUAUAUGUGUUCCAAGCGGUCUUGGUGCCAUCUGCCUCAAUGCUAAAGGUUUGGAGGCAGUUAAGGAAACUGCUUCAUUGCGAUUCCUUGUAGAUGCCUUAACAACCAGGAAAUACCUGGUAGCAAUAAACGAAGGUGUUGUACCGCUAGCUAAUUCCCUUGAGGAGCUUUUGCGCCAUGUAUCUACGCUGAGAAGCACCGGUGUCGAUAUAAUUAUUGAAAUUAUUGACAAAAUUGCUGCCAAAGGUGGGGAUUUAUGUGCUGGGUCCUCCAUGCAAGUGGACAGGAGUACUGCAAUGGAAACAGAUUCUGAGGACAAAGAAGUAAAAGGUCAAGAUUGCUUUGUUGGUCCCACAAAAUCAACUACUAAUUCUUCCAGUCUUGAGGAGUUUGUUCAGUUUUGCAUCUUUCAUGUGAUGGUACUGGUUCAUCGAGUAAUGGAGAAUGCCGAAACCUGUCGGUUAUUUGUGGAGAAGAAAGGUAUCGAAUCUUUGAUGAGGCUUCUACUGCGGCCCAGUAUCGCUCAAACAUCUGAAGGGAUGUCUAUCGCUUUGCAUAUCGCUGUGGUUUUCAAGGGUUUUACUCAGUCUCACUCUGCAGCCCUUGCACAUGCUUUUUGCUCCUCUCUCAGGGACUGUUUGAAGAAGGCUUUGAGUGGGCUUAGUUCUGUUCCCGGCUUGUUUUUACUGGCUCCUGGGACUUCACCAGAUAGGGGGAUCUUUUCAUGCCUUUUUACGGUUGAAUUCCUUCUUUUUCUUGCUGCCUCAAAAGAUAACCGUUGGCUGACUGCGUUGCUCGCAGAAUUUGGGAAUGGAAGCAUGGAUGUCUUGGAAGAUGUUGGGCGGUUGCAUCGGGAAGUUUUGUGGCAGAUUGCUCUCCUUGAUGAUUCGAAGCCUGAGACAGAGGAUGACAGUUCCGGUUCUAGUUCCAUUGGGGAAUCACAGAGAUUUGAAACAAGUACAUACGGAAUUGAGGAAGAGAGAUUUAACUCUUAUAGGCAGCUUUUUGAUCCCUCGAUGAGACGAAGGAUGUCUGGGUGGAGUGUUGAAUCUCAGUUUUUUGACAUUAUAAGCGUGUAUCGUGAAUUGGGUACUGGUCCUACUGGCAUUCAGCAGAGAGUGGGUUUAGACGGUCCAUCAAGCUCACAACGUGGAGCCAGUCACCCACUGCAACUGCCCAGAUCUUCAGAUUUGGGCCUUCUGGGUCCCAAUACAGGAACAGAGUGUGAUAAAUACAGAUCUUGUUACUCUCCCUGCUGUGACAUGAUGAGAUCACUUUCUUUCCACAUCAGCCAUCUUUUUUUGGAGUUGGGAAAAUCAAUGUUGUUUCCUUCUCGCCGCCGGGAUGAUGCUCUAAACGUGUCUCCUUCUGCCAAAUCUGUCGCGUCUACAUUUGCUUCCAUCGCAUUGGACCACUUGAAUUUUGGGGGGUAUGCUGGUCCUGGUAAUGCAGAGGUAUCCAUUUCGACGAAGUGCUGCUACCUUGGGAAGGUAAUCGAUUUCAUAGGCAGCAUUCUAUUGGACAGGCCAGAGUCCUGCAACCCGAUCUUGGUUAAUUGCUUUUACGGGCAUGGAGUCAUUCAAGCUCUCUUGACCACUUUUGAAGCUACCAGUCAGUUGCUUUUCACUGUUAAUGGAGCGCCUGCUUCUCCCAUGGAGACGGAUGGUGGAUAUUCGGGACAACAUGUGAAGGAAGAAACAGGGCAUUCGUGGAUAUACGGUCCCUUGGCCAGCUACGGCACGCUCAUGGACCAUCUGGUGACUUCAUCUUUCAUCCUCUCUUCUUAUACAAAGCAUUUGCUUGUGCCACCUCUUACAAAUGGAGUUGUUCCCUUUCCACGAGAUGCUGAGACAUUCGUAAAGGUACUCCAGUCCAGGGUGCUGAAGGUAGUGCUUCCCAUCUGGACACAUCCUCAGUUUGCCGACUGCAGCUAUGAGUUCAUUACUGCAAUUGUCUCUAUCAUGCGACACAUCUAUUCCGGAGUUGAAGUGAAGAAUGCCAAUACUAAUAUGGGAGCUCGAAUAACUGGUCCACCACCAGAGGAAUCGGCAAUUUCGAUGAUCGUAGAGAUGGGCUUUUCCCGGUUGAGGGCUGAAGAGGCACUGCGACAAGUGGGGACGAAUAGUGUGGAGAUGGCGAUGGAGUGGUUGUUCUCGCAUCCAGAGGAAGCCUCCCAAGAAGAUGAUGAGCUGGCUCGUGCUCUUGCCAUGUCCCUUGGGAGCUCCGGUACAUCUAUCAAGGAAGAUGCAGCUGCAAAUGCAAGCAAUCCUAACCAGGAAGAAGAAACAGUUCAACUUCCUCUAGUCGACGAACUGCUAUUGACAUGCACGAGACUCUUGAUGAAGGAAUCUUUGGCUUUUCCAGUCAGGGACCUGCUUGUAAUGAUAUGCUCCCGAAAUGAUGGUCAUUACAGGCCUCGAGUCAUUACCUUCAUCAUCGAUCACAUGAAGAUUUACAGCUCAACUUCUGAUACCACCAACAGUAACAUGUUGUCUGCUCUUUUCCAUGUUCUUGCUCUGGUGCUUCAUGAAGAUGCAGUGGCACGAGAAGUCGCUUCAAGAAAUGGUCUGGUGAAGAUUGCCUCAGAUUUGCUUUCACAUUGGAGCCUGAGUUUGCAUAAUAAUGGGGAGAAAUCCCAAGUCCCGAAAUGGGUCACAGCAUCUUUUCUUGCUAUCGACCGGAUGUUGCAGGCUGACCCAAAAAUGAGUCCUGAAAUUCCUGCUCCUGAACAGUUGAAAAAGGACGAUAAUAAUAGCCAGACUGGUGUUGUUCUUGCUGACAGUAGAGCCACCAAUUUGCAAUCUGCUUUGGGAUUAAAUCCUCGUUACAUAGACAUACAUGAGCAGAAUACACUUGUUGAGAUUGCCUGCAGAUGUAUCUGGAGCCAACUUCCUUCUGAGACAAUGCAUGUUGUUCUUCAGCUAUGUGCUACACUCACUAAAGUUCAUUCAAUUGCCGUGCAUUUUCUCGAUGCGGGAGGUCUAUCUUCAAUGCUUUCUUUGCCGACAAGUAGCCUAUUUCCCGGAUUCGACAAUGUCGCUUCUAUGAUAGUCCGUCAUAUUCUUGAAGAUCCCCAGACUCUCCAACAAGCUAUGGAGACUGAGAUACGGCACAGCAUAUUGACGGCCACAAAUAGACAUUCAAAUGGAAGGCUACCCCCACGCAGCUUCCUUCAGAAUUUGGCUUCUGUCAUUUCAAGGGACCCAGUAGUUUUCAUGCAAGCUGCUCAGUCCGUAUGUCAAAUUGAGAUGGUAGGUGAGAGGCCGCAUGUCGUGUUGUUGAAAGAUCGUGAAAAGGAGAAGACCAGGGACAAAGAGAAAGACAAGCAACAAGCUGCUGAUGGGAAAAUUAUUGCAAGUGAUAUGGGCCCAACGCCUCUAGGGAACGGACAUAGUAAACUUCCAGAUUCGAAUACCAAAAGUGUCAAGGUUCAUCGAAAGUCUCCGCAGAGUUUCAUAGCUGUAAUCGAACUCCUCUUGGAUUCUAUAAUAACUUUUGUACCUUCUGCAAAAGAUGGUUGUCUGAUAGAUGGGCCCCUCAGCACCCCUUCAAUAACAGAUAUGGACAUUGAUGGCACUUCAAGUAAGAGAAAAGGGAAAGCUAUUGCUACCGUAUCUGAAGAGAGCAAGGCUGAUAACCAGGAAGCCUUAUCAUCACUUGCCAAGAUGGUUUUCAUUUUAAAGUUGUUGACUGAAAUUCUCUUGACAUAUGGUUCGUCUGUGCAUAUUCUGCUCCGGAGGGACUCCGAGGUCAGUAGUUCUCAGGGUUUACUACAACGGGGUCUGCCCAUUGGUAACUGCACUGGCGGAAUAUUUCAUCACGUUCUUCACAAGUUGCUUCCUUAUUCUGGUAGCUACAAGAAGGAUAAAAAAGUCGAUGGGGAUUGGAUGCAAAAGUUAGCAAGUUGGGCAAAUCAGUUUUUGGUGACGUCUGCUGUUCGUUCUACGGAGGGACGUAGAAGGGUUUUUACUGAAAUCAACAAUGUGCUCAAUGACUUUGUCGACUUAGCGGAUGGGUUCAGGGCUCCGGAUUACAACACCCAUGCUUGUGUUGAUCUGCUUAAUGACAUCCUAGCUGCUCGCUCACCUACGGGUCUGUGUAUUUCGGCUGAAGCUUCUGCGACCUUUAUAGAUGUUGGACUGGUUCGGUCACUGACACGGACUCUCCAGAUCUUGGACUUGGACCAUGCAGACUCUCCAAAGAUCGCCAGUGGAAUCAUCAAGGCUCUGGAAUUGGUGAGUAAGGAACAUGUCCAUUCUGCUGAUCCUAAUUCCACGAAGGGUGGGUCCUCGGAAAAGCAUGCUCCGGAUGGGAACCAAUCAGGUAGGGCAGAUAAUGGUGGCAAUAGAUUUCAGUCCCUGGAAACCACAUCCCAGCCUGACCACAAUGAAGUGGCACCUGGCCGUAUCGAGCGCUUCAAUGCGAGCCAAACAUCCGGCAGUUCUGAUUCAGUUACAGAUGAUAUGGACCAUGAUGGGGAUAUAGAUGGCGGGUUUGCUCGUGAAACUGAAGAUGAUUUUAUGCACGGAACUUCCGAGGAAGCUGUUGGUCUUGAAAAUGGCAUUGCAACUGUAGAAAUAACAUUUGACGUUUCGCAUGAUGAUCAAGACCACCUUGAUGAAGACGAUGACGACGACGAUGACGGCGAUGACAAUGAUGAUGAAGAGAUGAGUGAGGAUGAAGAUGGAGAUGAAGAUGACGAGGGAAAUAAUGAUUUGGAGGAAGAUGAGGUCCAUCACCUGUCGCAUCCCGAAACGGAUCAGGAUGAACCUGAGAUUGAAGAGGAAUUGUUUGAAGAAGACAUGUUGGAGGAAGAUGAUGAAGAUGAAGAGGAUGACGAAGAUGGAGUUAUACUCAGACUAGAGGAGGAGAUCAAUGGAAUUAAUGUUGUUGAACAAAUUGAGGUUUUCAGCCGAGACAGUAAUUUUCACAAUGACACACUCCAUGUGUUGCCGGUUGAUGUUUUUGGCUCCAGACGGCAGGGCCGUACAACAUCAAUCUACAACCUGUUAGGAAGGAAUGGUGACCAUGGUGCGCCUGUUCAACAUCCACUUUUAAUGGAACCUUCUUCCUCACUGCCUCCCAUUACUCCCAGACAAUCAGAGAGCACACGCAAUAUGUUGUCCUCAGAUAGAAACACAGAGAACGCUUCAUCACAGUUGGAUUCUAUUUUCCGGUCACUGAGGAGUGGACGGCAUGGACAUCGUUCCAGCAUCUGGAUGGACAGCCAGCCACGUGGCGGAUCUAAUUCGCCCAUAUUACCCUCGGGCAUUGAAGAUUUUCUUAUUUCCCAGUUGAGACGAACAACCCCAAGUCAACCUUCUGUUCAAAAUACAACUACCAUGGAACCUGAAGAUAAAGGCGAGGCUGGACAGGUACAAGAAUCAGAAACAAGAGCAAGGGAAGAAACAACUGUAGCCAACAGUGUAGACAAUGGAAGCAUGGUGAUCCCAUCACCCAGUCCCUCAGUGAUGGAUGCCAUUGCCAAUGCUGAUGUUGGGCCUGCAGAUAAUGAUUUUCUUCAAGGAAGGGGUGCCUCGAAUGCAGAUACACAGGCCGUCGACAUACAGUAUGAACGGAAUGCUGUAGUUGUACGGGAUGUGGAGGCGGUGAGCCAAGGGAGCAGUGGAAGUGGGGCCACUUUAGGGGAAAGCCUUCGCAGUCUGGAAGUGGAAAUAGGAAGUGCUGAUGGGCAUGAUGAUGGAGGAGAAAGGCAUGGGCCCACAGAAAGAGCACCUUUGGGUGAUCCGCAGCCGACUCGAAGAAGGGUGGCGGGGAGUGCCACAGCUAUUAGCAGCAGAGAUGCAUCACUUCAAAGUGUUAGUGAAGUUUCACCGCAUCCAAGCCAAGGAGAGGAUCAGAGUGGCCCAAGGGAGGAGCAGCAAAUCAACCAGGCUACAGUCUCGGGUUCAAUAGAUCCUGCAUUCCUAGAUGCUCUUCCCGAAGAGUUACGGGCUGAAGUUCUUUCCACCCAACAGAGUCAAGUGGCUCAGCCGCCAAAUGACCAAUCUCAAUCUGCAGGAAACAUUGAUCCUGAAUUCCUUGCUGCCCUUCCCCCAGAUAUCCGAGCGGAAGUACUAGCCCAGCAACAAUCUCAGAGGCUGCACCAAUCACAGGAACUGGAAGGACAACCAGUUGAAAUGGACACAGUUUCAAUAAUCGCAACAUUUCCGUCAGAUUUACGUGAAGAGGUGCUAUUAACAUCCUCUGAUGCAAUUCUGGCUAAUCUAACCCCUGCACUUGUUGCGGAGGCAAAUAUGCUACGUGAAAGGUUAGCGCAUCGAUACCAUAAUCGUACACUUCUUGGCAUGUAUCCCAGAAACCGGCGGGGUGAGCCUUCUAGACGGGGUGAAGCUGUUGGAUCGAUCCUUGAUGGAGUUACGGGUGCCACUGCUUCACGCAGACCUGUAGGAACUAAGCCGGUGGAAGCUGAUGGGGUUCCUCUAGUUGACACAGAUGCUCUGAAGGCCAUGAUUCGAUUGCUUCGUGUUGUUCAGCCUUUGUACAAAGGCCAUUUACAGAGACUGCUCUUAAAUCUCUGUGCCCAUUACAACACCAGAACCUCUCUGAUACAAAUUUUAAUGGAUAUGCUUAUGCUGGAUAUACGGGGACCUGUUAAGAAUUCAAGCAGUGCUGUGGAACCAUCAUAUCGAUUAUAUGCUUGCCAGAGUCAUGUGAUGUAUUCUCGUCCUCAAUUUUUGGAUGGAGUUCCUCCUCUUGUGUCUCGGCGCAUUCUAGAAAUUCUGACGUAUUUGGCCCGAAAUCACCCCAAUGUGGCAAAGCUCUUACUUCAUCUCGAGCUUCCAUGGACGCCUGUACAGGAGUCAAACAGUCCUGAUGAAGGGCGAGGAAAAGAAGUGAUGGUCAUUGAAGAGGGCCAAACAGAAAGGAAGCAACAGCAGAAAGGAGAUUUUUCCAUUGUCUUGCUUUUGAGCCUCUUAAAUCAACCACUAUAUUUGAGGAGUGUAGCUCAUCUUGAACAGCUGCUAAAUCUAUUGGAAGUCAUCAUUGAUAGUGCAGAAAGCAACUCCAGCCAAUCUAGCAAGUCGGGGGAGUCACCUUCUGAGCAAUUGUCUGGUCCUCAAAGUGCUGAGCCCCAUGUGCAUAUGAGUACUGACGCGGCUGGUUCUUCUUCAGGUCAGGAUUCUAAAUCAUCGAAUACUGAAGAACCCUCAGCUUCUGGGGUGAACCGCAAAUAUGAUACCCUUUCUGUACUGCUCAGCCUCCCACAACCAGAACUUCGGCUUUUAUGCUCCUUGCUUGCUUGUGAAGGUUUGUCAGAUGGUGCAUAUAAUCUUGUGGCAGAGGUAUUGAAGAAGUUGGUGGCAAUUGCUCCAACCCAUUGCCACCUAUUUAUAACUGAGCUAGCAGAUUCAGUGCAAAAUCUUACUAGAUCUGCAAGGAACGAAUUGUGUGGAUAUGGGGAGGUAGAGAAGGCCAUCCUCAGUACUAAUUCUACUGAUGGGACUGCAAUCUUGAGAGUUCUGCAGGCACUGAGCUCUCUUGUGGCCACGUUACUCGAGAAGGAAAAGGACCCUCAGCUGCUUCCCGAGAAAGAGUACAAUGCUGCCGUUUCUCAGGUUUGGGAAGUCAAUGCUGUUUUAGAGCCCUUGUGGCUGGAGCUCAGUUCUUGCAUUAGCAAAAUAGAGGGCUCUACGGAAUCUUCAUCGAACCCGUCUACUGUUUCUGGGAACAUUGCGUCCUCAAGCACUGGUGUAAUGCCUCCUCUUCCGGCGGGUACUCAGAGUAUCUUACCAUACAUUGAGUCUUUCUUUGUAACCUGCGAAAAGUUACGUCCUGGGCAGCCGGGCGUCACGAUUUCUGAUGUCGAGGAUGCCACAGCAUCUACUGGGGCACAAAAACCAUCGGGUUCCCAUGCGAAAGCUGAUGAAAAGCACAUUGCUUUUGUGAAGUUCUCAGAGAGACACAGGAAGCUGUUGAAUGCUUUCAUCCGGCAGAAUCCUGGGUUGCUCGAGAAGUCGCUCUCUCUUAUGCUGAAAGUCCCUCGCUUCAUUGAUUUUGAUAAUAAGCGUGCUCAUUUCCGCUCAAAAAUAAAGCAUCAGCACGACCACCACCAUAGUCCUUUGAGGAUUUCAGUGAGAAGGGCCUACAUUCUUGAAGAUUCGUAUAAUCAGCUGCGAAUGCGUUCUACUCAAGACCUCAAGGGGCGGUUGACUGUUCAUUUCCAAGGGGAGGAAGGUAUUGAUGCUGGUGGGCUUACAAGGGAAUGGUAUCAGUUAUUAUCCAGGGUGAUUUUCGACAAGGGCGCUCUACUUUUUACAACGGUGGGCAAUGAAUCGACUUUCCAGCCAAAUCCCAACUCAGUUUACCAAACAGAACAUCUCUCAUACUUCAAGUUUGUUGGUCGAGUGGUUGGGAAGGCUUUAUUUGAUGGGCAGCUUCUGGAUGUCCAUUUCACUCGAUCGUUCUACAAGCACAUUCUUGGGGUUAAGGUUACUUAUCAUGACAUCGAAGCCAUAGAUCCUGAUUUCUUCAAAAAUUUGAAAUGGAUGCUCGAGAACGAUAUAAGUGAUAUUCUAGACCUUACUUUCAGCAUGGAUGCUGAUGAGGAGAAGCUGAUUUUGUAUGAAAAGACAGAGGUCACUGAUUACGAGCUGAUUCCCGGUGGUCGAAACAUUAGAGUUUGUGAAGAGAAUAAACACAAGUAUGUCGACCUUGUUGCGGAGCAUCGGCUGACAACUGCUAUUCGUCCUCAAAUCAAUGCAUUUAUGGAAGGUUUCAGUGAGCUGAUCCCUCGGGAUUUGAUAUCUAUCUUCAAUGACAAGGAGCUGGAGUUGUUGAUCAGCGGACUUCCAGACAUAGAUUUGGAUGACUUGAGGGCAAACACUGAGUAUUCCGGCUACAGCUCCGCAUCUCCCAUUAUCCAAUGGUUUUGGGAGGUGGUUCAAGGUUUCAGCAAGGAGGAUAAAGCUCGUCUCUUGCAGUUUGUCACGGGCACCUCAAAGGUACCUUUGGAAGGCUUCAACGCACUCCAUGGAAUUUCGGGUUCACAGAGGUUUCAGAUUCACAAGGCCUACGGCAGCCCCGAUCACUUGCCUUCGGCUCAUACCUGUUUCAACCAGAUAGAUCUGCCAGAGUAUCCUUCCAAACAGCAGCUGCAGGAGAGAUUGCUUCUGGCCAUCCAUGAAGGUAAUGAAGGGUUUGGAUUCGGCUGAGAAAGACUGAGUGGGCCAUACCCCUCAAGUCUGUGUAGAUAAAAGGGAAAUGGGGAAGAAAAUGAGAUGAAUGGGAUAGAAAUAGAUGCAUAAAAUAUUUACUGUACAGUCUUUUAGCUAAUGGUGAUACGCCUUAGGCAGUUUUGUAUUUUGCCAUUUUUGCUUCUUAAUAUAGUGAUCUGUUAAGCAAAUGUGAA